CCUCUUGGCCCUGUAUUCUUCACCCAUAAUUAUCUCAAUUUUCUAGUAUAGAAAAAGGAAUCUGGCAGUAUUAUGCUCAAUCUGCAGUUCCCAAUACAAAAACACAAUCUGAAACAAAAAUUCUGUGUUUUGUGGCAUUAAUUACUCCGAUAUAUAUUAAUAAAUUGACAAAGGGAGAUAAAAAGAUUCCUCCUUGACUCAGAUAAACUUUCCCUUUUCCAUUUCUCUGUUUCCAUGGCUGAUGAACAAGAAAUAUCCAUCCAACAGCAACUUUCCCUUCAAAUCCUCCUUUCCAAUCGGAUCGUGAAAUCCGCUAAAGAAGCUGAAUCUUCCAAAUCGGAAUGUACUGAGCUAUCCCUUCUCCUCCAUCAACUCAUCGAGCUGCUGGUUUCUUUAGCUAGACUAGCUACCACAAUCCCGGCAGCCGCCUUUUAUGACCGCCCGUUUCGCCGUGUUACCUUUGAUUUGUCGAAGACUUUGCAGCGAGCUUUCACAUUGACUCGGAGAUGUAAACAUCGGAAGUCGGCUAAGAACGUGAUUCGGAGCAUGUUCUCGAUUUCUACCUCGGCUGAUGUCGACAAGGUUUCGAUCCUUUUGAAGACUUCCAUCGCUGACCUCAAAUGGCUGCAUGCUGUGUAUGAUUUCAAUUCGGGUUCGUUUAAUAUUUCUCUCCCUCCUAUGGCUUGUAAUGAUCCUAUUCUGGCAUGGGUUUGGUCUUAUAUUGUUGUUUUACAUAUGGGUUCCAUGAAGGAAAGGACUGAUGCUGCACAAGAAUUGGCAGCUAUAGCUUUGAUUAAUGAUAGGAAUAAGAAGAUUAUUAUAGAUGAAAAUGGGAUUGGACCUUUGCUUAAAUUGCUGAAGGAAAGUGUUACCGGUGAAGCACAAAUUGCUGCUGCCACAGCCUUGUUUAAUUUGGGAAAUUCUCGGGAUAGAGUUAGAUUGAUUGCUAAUAAUGAUAACCAUGGGGUAUCCACCAUUGUCAAGUUGCUUUUUGAGAUGCCUCCUAUGAGCGUUUUGGUGGAAUUGGUCAGUUUAAUUUGGGGAAUGGCAGAGUUUGAUGAUGUUGUUAAAGAGGAAUUUGGAAGGCAGAAUGUGGUUAGGCCGCUAGUUACACUUUUGGGAAUGGAUUCUGAGGAUGAGGUUAAGAAGGAAGAGCCCAAAAGGACUAACAGUAUGCAUUCUGUUGUUUUGAUGAAUCGGCAAAUUACUAGAAAUGUGAGUGGUAGCGUUUAUGGUAAUAGUAAGAGUUUAAAUUACGGGAAUCGAUGGGAUAAAGAGAGGGAGAGGGAAAUGGAAUCACCCGAGGUAAAACUUAAGCUUAAAGAGAAUUGUGCUAUGGCAUUAUGGAAAUUGGUUAAAGGAAGCUUGUUAAAUGGUAAAAAGAUCAUGGAGACUAAAGGGUUGCUUGUUUUGGCGAAGAUUAUUGAGAAGGAAAAGGGGGUGUUACAAAUUAAUUGUCUUAUGACAGUGAUGGAGUUGGCCGCUGUGGCUGAGUAUAAUGGUGAGCUUAGACGUACGGCUUUUAAACCAAACUCUCCUGUUGCAAAGGCAGUUUUGGAUCAGCUUCUAAGGGUGAUCAAUGAAGAUAAGGACCCUCAUUUGUUGAUUCCAGCUAUUAGGGCAAUUGGGUGUUUGGCGAGAACAUUUCCCGCAAAGGAGGCAAGGAUAAUUGAGCCCUUGGUUGCUCUGCUUGGUAAUGGGAAUGGUGAGGUUGUAAGGGAAGUGGCACUUGCUCUCGGCAAGUUUGUACGUCCAGAUAAUUUUAACUGUUUUGAGCACUCGAAAGCUGUUGCAGAGUUUGACGGGGUUGCGAAGCUUGUUGAAUUGCUGAGGGCAAAUAAGGGAAGCCAAUUCCAUGUGCUUCUUCUAUUGUGCUACCUUGCAAUACACGCCGGUGAUAACAAGGCUUUUGAACAAGCUCAAGUAUUGAGCGUUUUCGAUGGUGAUACCCGCCAUACUCUUGGUCAGUAUCCAGAUUUAUGCGAUCUAUUUGCCAAAGCUAGGCAGCAUCUCAUCUUAUAUCAGGCUCAGGCUGGAGCAUUAGUAUGAACCAAAUGUAGCCAUGAACUCAGUUAUGGUUUAUAUCAUCUGCGGUUAUGAUUUUAAUUGUUCUGCGACCUGCUUAUAUUAGUUGUAUAUAUGCAAUAAGCAGAGGAAGGUAGUUCAAUGUUGUAAGUUAUCUUGGUAUGUUGUGCAUCUCUCUUUUUGAAACUGGAUUGAAAGUAACCAAACCGAUUCCAGUUAUUUGCACCUUUAUUCUGUCUCCAUUUACACCCUUUUCUCUCGAUUAUACAUAUGUUCUGUGGAUAGAUAUUGAGGCUCUAUUACAGUUGGUGUUGCUUGCAAUCGGAGGAUUCCAGUAUCAACUGAAACUACAAGUAAUUGUGUUGAGUAACCUCAGUUGCUGCAGAUAGUAUCUGGUGGAUUUUGUUCUCCUCAGUUUCACUUAUUUGUACUCUGCUUGUUAUUCAAAGUCUAUACUCCCCUUCUCCC